UCUGCGUUUUAAUCAGGCGGUGUUAAUCAUAAGUGUACUGAUGGAUCAGUCCCUGUGGAGUAUGGAGGAAAAGUGGUUUGGGCCUUUUAAACUCAGCAACAGUGCCCACUUGGCUCAGUCAGUCGGAGGAGAGUGGAAGUGGAGCGGGGGGCGCUAGCUGAGCUAAGCCCGGGGAUGUAGCUCGCAGUUGGGAUGGCAAAUCGUCCGUUUUCCGCAUAGUUAGAACGCGUAUAGGGGGGUCGAGGCAUAACGCGAAAGCGAUGACGUUCGUUUGGUUGCUGGAACUGACCGCAUUUGUGGACUAAGAAGCGAAGCGUUUCGAUAAAAGUUUUGCUCGCGAACGUUAGUAAAACCCGAAUCCGAGAAUUCGGCUAGCUGUGAUCAUGACGCGUCCGGCGGUGAGCGUUAGCUACUGUUAAAAAGUAGCUAGCUCGCUAGCAUUAGCUAGCAACAUGGACGUGUCCGUACUCAUAAGACGAUGAGUUCUAGGCUGAACUAGUUAGCUAGCUGUAACGCUAGCAAGCGAAGUAGGUUGGCAGAACUUGGUCAGAACUACGUUUAGGAAUUGAAAGAGCAGUCAAAAACCUGAACGGAUAUUUUUACUUUCUUCUAAACGGCAAGGGACCGUCAAACUUGACAGAGGAAUGGCUGAUAGCGCUCCAGUUUCAGCUCAUCUACGCAGGCCUGAAUGAGUGAAGUGGUGAACGAGUCUGUGCAUUUUCACUGGAGCGGAAUGAUUUAGCAGGGUGGCACCAGCCGUGCAUGCCAAUAAGAGGAGGAGGAGGAGGAAGAAGGGGAAGAGGAUGGGUGUUAAUGCCUCCAGCUAUCCUCACUCGUGCUCUCCUCGCUUUGGGGGGCAUUCACAGACCCAGCAGACCUUCAUAGGGACAUCCUAUGCACCCUCGCAGGGUUAUGGCGGCGAGUCAAAGCUCUACAGCCUGGAGCAUGGUGUUGAGAAACCUCAGGACAAAAAGAAGAAGAGCUCCGGCCUGGCGACCCUCAAGAGGAGGUUCAUCAAGCGCCGCAAGUCCAGCCGCUCGGCAGACCAUGCACGGCAGAUGCGCGAGUUGCUCUCCGGCUGGGACGUGCGAGAUGUUAACGCCCUAGUGGAGGAAUAUGAAGGCACGGCUGCUCUGAAGGAGCUCAGCGUGCAGGCCGGCCUGGCCCGGCCUGAGGCCAGAACAUUGCAGCAGGACCUGGCUGCCCUGUACCAGCACAAAUACUGCACAGAUGUGGACCUGAUCUUCCAGGACACAUGCUUCCCAGCACAUCGCGCCAUCCUGGCAGCUCGCUGUCCGUUCUUCAAGACACUCCUGUCCUCAUCUCCAGGCUAUGGUGCUGAGGUGCUGCUGGAUGUUGGUACGGCAGGGAUGGAUGCAGCCAUGUUCUCCUCACUGCUGCAUUACCUCUAUACUGGUGAGCUGGGCGCAGAGGACACACGGCUGCAGAACAUAGACGUCCUUGUGCGGCUGAGUGAGGAAUUCGGGACACCCAACUCUUUGGAAGCAGAUAUGCGCUACUUGUGCGAGCACAUGUGUUACUAUGACUCUCUGCUCAGCUUUUCCUCCGAGUCUGAGCUGGUGGAGCCAUUCGGUGCCAGCGGGCCUCCUCCCAGCACCAGUAGCUCAAGCCACAGCGCUCCAGAAGAGGAGCUGAGGGCCCACAAGGCAAUACUUUCGGCCCGCUCACCCUUCUUCCGCAACCUGCUGCAGCGACGCAUCCGUACCGGAGAGGAGAUCACAGAGAGAACGCUGCAAACACCCACUCGCAUCAUCCUGGAUGAGUCCAUCAUCCCAAAGAAGUACGCCUGCGUCAUCCUGCACUGUAUGUACACCGACGCAGUGGACCUGUCCUUAGUGCUGCGCGGGAGUCCGUCAGCAGGGAGUCUGGGGGAGGUGCAGGCUUUGGUGGCAGGAAGAGGCAGCAUGAGUCGAGCCGAAGAGGCCAUGGAGCUGUACCACAUCGCUCUGUUUCUGGAGUUCAGUAUGCUGGCUCAGGGCUGUGAGGACAUUGUGGUGGAGAGCAUCUCGCUGGACUCUGUGGUGGCCAUCCUUAAGUGGAGCUCACAGCCCUAUGGCUCGAAGUGGGUCCAUCGGCAGGCAAUGCACUUCUUGUGCGAGGAGUUCAGCCAGGUCAUGACAUCGGAUGUCCUCUACGACCUGAGCAAAGAGCACCUGCUCAGUGCCAUCCAGUCUGAUUAUCUACAGGCCAGCGAGCAGGACAUCCUCAAGUAUGUAGUGAAGUGGGGAGAAAACCAGCUCAUCAAGAGGAUGGCUGAUCGGGAGCCCAACUUGCUGAGUGGCACAGCACAUAGCGUGAAUAAGCGCGGAGUGAAGAGGAGAGAUCUGGACCUGGAGGAACUGAGGGAGAUUCUGUCUCCUCUUCUGCCCUGUGUCCGCACUGAGCACAUUCUGCCCAUCAACAGCGAGGUUCUCUCAGACACUCUGAAGCGUGGUCUGAUCAGCACGCCUCCUUCAGACAUGCUGCCCACAGCUGAGGGUGGCAAGGCCAAUGCCUGGCUCAGGCAGAAGAGUGCUGGAAUCUACGUUCGCCCUCGUCUCUUUUCCCCCUACGUGGAGGAGGCCAAGGCGGUUUUAGAUGAGAUGAUGGUGGAGCAGACUGAUCUGGUGAGGUUGCGCAUGGUGCGCAUGUCCAACGUGCCUGACACGCUCUACAUGGUCAAUAAUGCAGUACCCCAGUGCUGUCACAUGAUCAACCACCAGCAGCUGGCUGGCAGCCAAACAGCCCCGCCCUCAGUUGUGGCCAAUGAAAUACCAGUUCCGAGGCUGGCAGUGGUGAAGGAAAUGAUUCGUCGGUUGCAGGAGUUGCGGCACACAGAUCAGGUGCAGCGAGCGUACGCACUGAACUGCGGUGAGGGCGCUACAGUCAGCUACGAGCUGCAGAUCCGCGUGCUCAGGGAGUUUGGCCUGCCUGAUGGAGCUGCAGAACUGCUCCAGAACCCGCACAAAUUCUUCCCUGAGGAGCGUUUUGGAGAUGAGAGCCCUAUCCUGGCUGGGCGCCAGUCAGGUCGCUGUCGUGUCAACAGCACACCAGCGGUGGAGAGCAUGUUCACAGACCUGCAGGCUCUGGUGGGUUUCCACCCACCCCUACCCCCACCUCCACCUCCAUACCACCCCCCCACCACACCGGGCCAUAGCCAGCAGCAACUCAGGACUGGCUGGAGGCCUCGCGUGCCCAGCCAGCCGCCCUCUCGCUCUUUUUCCUACCCUUGCAACCACUCGCUGCUCCACAGACAGCCGUCCUCUAAAAUGGGCAGCCCCAUUUACCCACCCGGAGCCAAGGCCCUGCCCCCAGACUGUACCAACCCACAGGGGAGGAGCCUGAACCUAGAAAAACAGGGGAACAUGGAGCCAGUCAUCAGUGAGUUCAUGCCGGACAUUGCCAUUGGAGUGUCGGCUAUGAGCCUGAAGGAUCGGCGCCUCCCUGAGGUCACUAUGGAAGUUGAGGCUCACAACUCGCACCCUCACGUCUCCACAGCUCCUCCGAUCUCUCAUUGCUACUCUGGCCGACACCCUCACUCCUCGCGCAAACGGCACGCAGCUGAGCCCAAGGCCGAUGGUCCGCAGCCUGACCUAUAUGAGUUCUCGGGACGCCACGCGCCGCACUACAGUGGUCCAGACCUUUAUAUCCACAGCCGGCCCACGGGCAGCGGGCCUCUUCCACCUGUGUACGCUGGGGAACCCCCUGAGGGCCUUCGCCUGGACGUGUUGGAGCAGCCACCGCAGAGGCUGGACCUGGCCCUGGUCACUCAGGGGGCCAACGCGCAGGCCACUCAGAGGCCACAGCCAAAAGGAGAAACGGACCUUACUAGUGGCCUAGGGCCUUCCUCUGAGCCAUACGAUGAGUGGCCCCCAGGCCGUCGAGCUGGGGCAGAGGGGCCAGGACUGGGCCUGGGCAGCGGCAGCACAGGGGAAGAGGGAGGAAUGGGGGGCCGGGACCGUAGGUCACCUAAUAAACAAGAAUACCUUUACCGGAAGUCUGCACUCUGACCCCUGAGAAAGACUGAGGGACCCCCCAGUCCUGUACCCCUUUGUGCUCAGUGGAGGGGCAACAGCUAUGCGUGUUAAUGAGGGCACUUAAAGCCUGGAGUGACUUUCUCUCAAAAGGCUCAAGACACAAACCACAUAUAGAUUGAAAGCCUUAUGUAAGAGCUUGGUUUGGUUGGGUGCUAAGAAAGAGAGGGGGAUACACAGCAAAUAUCUAAAUGCUGCAGUUCUUCUCCUCAAGCAGUGUACAAACCUCUGAAACUAAGGUUCACUUGUUCCCCCUGUAGCCCUGCCUGUACAGGAGGUGCAACUGACAAUCAGGACAGAAAUGAAACCCCGUCUUACAUGGUCUCCCAAACUGCAUAACGAUGCAGAACCAUCACUGUGCAUUUCCAUUACUCUCAUCUCCAUGCCUUUGAGUGAGAGCUGUGGCAGAAUGAGAGAAGACUUAUUUAUUUAUAUAGACAAAUGCAUUUUACCAUUCCUUAGGAAUAAAUUGAAAAAUGCCCAGGCAACAAACAACACUCUCAAAGGCCUUCGCCUCGUCCAUGACAAAUAGUUCCCUCUUUGUUUGAAGGGAGAACGGCAGUAAUAGCUUUUGUAAUCCGCUGCAACAGGCUUGUACAUUAGCCUGAGCAAUUUAAAGACUGGGCUGGAACAUAAAGAGGAAAACAAAUGAAAUCCCCCUGCCUCUUAUAAGGCUGUGCAACAGGCAUAACAAUUGCAAAGAAGCUCCAUUACCUGUGCAGUAGACAUUUGUUUGUUGUGUCUGUCAGUGUUUUCUUUUUCCUCCUGUCCUGUCCUUUUCUUUCACUUGUCUUCUUUCUCUGCUUGGACAUUCUCCAUCUUUCUUUGUUUCAGGUAGUUAUUCUUUCCCGUUCUAUUACUGAAAGGCAUUUCCACUCAGAAAGUAGGUGAAUAGGUGGUGGUCUUUCAUUUACCCUCCAGAGAGAUCUCAACCAAACCAACCUUAGAAUCUCGACAUCUUUGCAGUGGACGUGCAUUUGUGCUAUGAGUCUCUGAGUGAUGCCUGCACAUCCUUCUACUCAACCAAUGAUCAACAAUUAUGAUGUCAAGAACAGGUCCUGCAAAAAAAAGAAAAAAAACAAGGAAGAGGUAUUAUGAACUUAAGGAUGCAGAGGGAAUAUUGCCUUUCUGGAGGACUAGACAUGGCGUAAGAAGCAUUACCUCACAUUACCUGCAUUCCACCCUCAAAUGAUUAAUUUUCUAUGUUUGGCAAGUUCACACCAAAAAAGAGCGCAUCUCUGAGUGCUGCAUCUGUUAAUGUUAUCAAACGCCCCUGCUGUUUGAACCUCACCUCAGUUUACUCUCUUCCUGUUAUCCUCAUGAGAAAAGGAUCCUCAUGAGAAAAGGAUCUCUCUCAGAUUCACUUGCUGAUGCAUUAAAUAUGCAGCUUUGAUAUUCAUGUGAAUACUCUUUAUCCCAUGUUUGAUGGUACUGUAAUAUUAUGGUCUUUUAUCAUACUCAAGUACAACACCUGUGGAAUGUCUCAGUAUCAGGGAAAUGUUGCAGUGAUCACAUUUCAUUCAAGAGCUCAUCCUGAAGAGCUGUCAUUACUGUUUUCUGUUGUCCAUUUGUUUGGCACUGUGGAUGGAGCGUUGAGUGGUUGCUAUAAUACCAUGGAAUAUUUUUCAUUUUAAUUAAUUUUUGGCUUAUUUGUGAGCAUUCAUUGCUUCCUGGUUUGUUUUGGAUUGUUUGGUCACUAUGGCUCUUUGGGAUUGGCCUCAGUAUGUGAGGCUACAUGUUUUACAUUCAGUUUCAUUUGCCGUUGAGUUGAUCAAGGGGUGAAACUGCUCUGUACUUAAAGCCAGUGGGGUGUAAUCAUCUGUCAUCUUGGCUGGCUUUUUAAAUCACAUGAACUUUGGCUUAUUGAAAUGUAAGCUUAGUCUUGCUUGCUACACUCUACCUCUCUUUAGCUGUCCUGCCAUUCACGCUGUUGUGGUUUCGUUUAUUCUCUUCCACCAGUUUCACUCCCAUCAGACCUUCUUAGCCUUAUGUUCCAAACACAAUUUUCUGAGUAGUCAGAAAUCACAUCGUUCAACAGUGUCACAGUAACCAAUUUCUCUUCAUUCUACUAUUUUAUUUUUUAUUUUUUUUGCAUAGCAUUUUGUUAUACUUCUAAGAAAAGUCACAGCUUCUAUGAUAUGGUGGAAGGGUCAGAGUGCUAAGUGAUGAACAGAAGGUUAAAUAAAUGUGUUAUUUCAGUGAUGCUCCCUGUAAAUAUAGGGAGAAGAAACAGAGUUGUGCUUCACCUCAGUUUUCACAAGGUGGCCAGUUGUUUUGUCUGGAUUUCGAGCAGUUUUACCUGCAAAUGAAGGCCUAGCAUAAUGUUGUUGGAAAUGCUUUACUCUCCCUUGAUCUGAGCGAAAUGCUCAUCACAGGCCUUCCAUCCGGGCUGCUCUCACAAACCCUCAGCGGCUAGUGCCUCCGGCCCUGACAGUGCUGCCUUCUAGACUCUGGGGGAUCAUAUGGCCUGAGAUAUGAUCCCUGUGUUUUAAGGCUUUGGUGUGGAGACGCUGUAAAGAAUCACAGCAAAAGUAGCUGCGGUAGGGAAACACUGAUCCAGUAUACUGGCACAGGUACUGACCGGUCUCUGAUAUUAGCAAGAUGUGACUGAUGCACAUUCAAUACAGUUUUUAAAUCAAGAACGUUUAAAAUGAUCCAGUAUAGAUGGCUGUUUCAUGCACUUCAUUUAUCUUACUUAUUUGUUCUUUUUCUUUUAUACACUACCAGUCAAACAUGAACACACCUAUUCAUAUAGAACAUUUUCCACAUUUUAGAAUAAUAAUGAAGACUUAAAAACUGUAAAAUACCUCAUAUAGAAUUACUCCAGUAGAAAAUAUUGGCUUUCUACGAAAUAGAACUACUCAGUGACAUCAUGCCCUUGUGACAUCAUAACUGAUUGGCUAAAAUGCAUGAACGAGGGCAGACAUUCCUAAUUAACUUUUAAUGAGAAACACACUGUAAUUAGGAGUAUAUAAUAAUUUUGAUGCCAACUCUAAAGCUUACUAAAGUCCUUCAUGAAAACUACAUGUUUCAGAAAAUAUUGUUUAAAAUAAAGUAUUUUUUGACACAUUCAUACACAUCAAUUUGAAUAUAUUUGUCUUAGAAACAACUCUGAAACUUCGAUUGGCUGCCACAUAUUGUGCCUCAUUCAGAAAGCAAUCCAGGUUGGAACUCCUUAACAUCGGCAUGAAUAGGUGGGGCUAAAAUUCUAUAGCCUGAACAGAAGGGGUGUGUGUGUGUGUGUGUGUGUGUGUGUGUGUGUGUGUGUGUGUGUGUGUGUGUGUGUGUGUGUGUGUGUGUAUAAAUAUAUAAAAACGUUAGGGUUUCAAAAAAACAAUUCUGAAUGGGCUGUUUUUGAAGUUAAAUCUCUUUAAAAAUAGACUGGGGAGUGUGUGUUUUGAAACUUUAACGUUUACCUACUACAUCUCACUCACCUGUGUCAAAAAAGCAAUGAAAAUCUAUUUGGGCUUUUUAAGAAAACAAACACACUCAGGUGUGUCCAGUUUUUUUUAAUGGUAGUGUAGUUACAGCCUUGUGUCACCUUAGAUAUAGAACAAUGAUCCAAAGCCAUUACACACAGAGAGAUAUCAAAAAAAGAGCCACUGGUGUUAGAUCUGUACUAUUGAUCAAUAUCCUGAGUUCAGGUAUUGGAAUCAAUAUCGGGAGAGGAAAAAGUGAGAUCGACAAUCCCUAAGCUGCAGCACAGAUCCUCAGAGAGCUGACGACUUAAGCAGACUGAGGGAGAGAGCAGCAUGCUAAUAGCACGAGAGAGAGAGACUGUUCUUUGUCCGUUGUUCGUACAUCCUGACACUCAAAGUGUUUAUUCCAUCACAAGUUGAUGAACAAAUUGAGGAGGAAACCCAGUAUUUUGUUUACUUUGUCAGUGCAAGUUGAGCAGCCAUUCUCACAUCAAAACUGUUUCAGCGUUUGUCCACAUUUCUUUUCCUACAAUAUAAAAAUGCCAAGCGACUGAUAUUUCCACACAUAACGGUUCAAUUACCUUCUGAGGUGCAUUAGCAUAAAAGCAGCCAGAGCUUGUGCAGUAACCAUCUAAAUGUUUUUGGCCCGUCAUUACAAAGGCCAAUUAGCAGUGUGUAAAUAACAAAGCUGCUGCGGCUGCUGCUUACUUGCAGGCACACAUAGCAACUGUUUGACAAAUUUGCUGCUAUGAAUUCUCAAGGGCUUGUUGGAACCUUUUUGCAAAGACAUUUAAAUCAUCAAUUUGUUAAUAUUUUAUUAUUCUUUUUUAUUUGUGUCUGCUCUUGUGAGUUACCUCUGCGUGUCUGUCUCCUACUUCAUAAAACAUAAACUGGGUAUUUUGAGGGAUGAAUAGAUAAUUUUUACUUUUUUACUUGUUACCAUUUAAAGUGAUGACACUUCCUAUUGACCUCACAUGGUUCAGUCACACACAGAGCCAGUCAGGCCUUAGACUGAAGAGGAUACAGUGGAAGUUGGUCAUUUUCUGUGGUAAGGCCAUUUUAAAUACCAUGGUGCAGGGAUGAUAUUACUGACUAUGCUGUAUGUCCAAAAGUUUGUAGACACCUACUCAUCCAAUGUAUCUUCUGAAGUCAAAGGUAUUAAUAGGGAAUUUGUUCCCUAUUAGCAGCUACUCUCAUGGGAUGGCUUUACACUAGAUGUUGGAACACUGCAAUCAUAUUCUCACAGCAUGCAACUACCAAAGCAUCAGUGAGGUCACGUACUGAUGUUGGCUGUUCAGUUCUGGAGCACUCAUCCAUAAGAUAAGAGCUCCAUCACUCCAGAGAAUGCAGUUCCACUGCUCUACAGAUCAAUGCUGGCAGAUCAUUGGACAUGGUGAGGCUUUUGUGUGGCUGAUCCAGAGCAUCCCAGUGCUUUUUAGUGGAGAUUAUACUAGCAGUGGGUGAACCUUAAAGUAGCUAAAUUCCCUAGUUAGAAGGGGUGUCUGGAUACUUUUGGACAUAUUAUAUCUCUUACAAGUAUAAAGAGCAACCAGCCUAUUAGAGUUUCUCCAGAGCUCAUUAACUUUGUUGUGCUUGAGAGCAAAUUUCUUUCUUUUAACCUUAAAAGCUAAUCGCAAAGACUGGGCAAUCCAGCAAAAGCAAUGGUGUAGUGUCUUUGAGAAGACAGCACUACAUUUUGGGUUCUGCUAUAAAUUUGGGGGAGGGGGGGAGAUUUUAUAUAUAUAAAUAUAUAUAUAUUGAGGUGUUGAUUUGUUUGUUUAGCAAAAUGCAUCAAACCAGCACAUUUUCAGCUGCAAGUCAUUGAAAGUGCUUAGGGAUAGGUUUGUAUUCAUAUAGUAAAUACCUAGGCUGGACUGAAUGAAAGAAUGUACAGGGAAAGGUACCAGUUGCACUACAUUUUAAAGUAGUUUUCACUCUUUGAUAACGGCGUGUCUUGUGUUUGCUGUGGAUUUAGUGGCCCUGUUGGCUUUGCGUCUGUCCUGCUAGUUUAUCCUCAGUGUCACUCUUUGCACGCAAGUUGUCUUUCCUGAAGACACAAUGCACAAUACACUCAUUCCUAACCCUUAAAGUAUUAUUUUGUUUUUGCAUGGCAUUGAGUUAUUUAGCUUCUGACUGCUGCAUGGCUGGGUUCAAUGAAAGGUUUGCCUAUGGAUGUGUGAGGGGGUAAAGGAAGUUGACUGUUUUAGUCGUGAUCUCAAUAUUCCUGCUUUUGCUUUCUCUCUGACGGAGAAAAUUGAGUGCCUUACCUGCCAGAGGCUGGGCUUUCUCCUGACCCCUUAUGUCUUAUGCAAGCCAUUUUUACAAGCCUAUGUCAACCAGUCUCUUUGUAAUACUGUAGCCAAUGCUUAAUGUACAGUGUUCUGUUUUUGUUUUGUUUAUUCAAGAGUAUUUUUCAAGAUUUUUUGGUACCUUUGAUCAGAAGCCUCGGAAAUGUUGUGUUUUGAUGUAUGUAAAGUGUAAAGAUUUUUAUAUAUAUCUAUAUAACAAAUAUGCGACACAUCUAUUUGGUGUAUAUAUACCAGGAUAAAAAAAAUAAGCUUUCUUUUAGAUUCUUGUAUGGAGUUGUGAGAAGUGUCUAUUUUUCUACUCUUCUCCGUGGGGGGCGUAACAGUGAUCUUAAAUCUGCAAUUAGAUGACUAACGUCUUUAAAAUAAACAGCUUUGAUAGUAA